UAACUCACCGGCAGGCUCAAGAAAAUAUUAAGAAAAUUGUAUGUGGGGAUUUAAUUGAGAAAAUUCCUAUAUACUCACAUGACUAAACAGGGGAAAGUUUAAAUAAUUUCAAACUGCUUCCUCAUACACUCAUAAAUAUAAACGCUAGCUCAAAACGUGAGUAAACGUGUGCACCGGUGUCUCGAGUUUUUGUAUUAGAUUAAAAAAAAAUUUUAUUUGACACCAUGAUUGGAAAAUCGAGAUUUUUAUCAAGAAACGUUGGACUUUUAAGGAAUGCCGUAGCACAUACAGAUAUUACAUCAUCCACGGCUCUAGCUUCAGCAUGUCCUGUCCAGAUACGUGAAAAGUCAUCAACUCCUUUGAACACCAUCAUCAUGUUUGUUCCUCAGCAAGAGGCCUGGAUCGUGGAGCGCAUGGGAAAAUUUCACAGAAUGUUGGAGCCUGGUUUGAAUUUUUUAGUCCCUUUUAUUGACAACAUAAAAUAUGUUCAAAGCUUAAAAGAAAUGGCAAUUGACGUACCCAAACAAAGUGCCAUUACGAGAGACAAUGUUACUUUGGACAUUGAUGGUGUCUUGUAUUUACGGGUCAACGAUCCUUACAAGACUUCUUACGGUGUUGAGGAUCCGGAAUUUGCUAUUAUUCAAUUGGCGCAGACAACAAUGAGAUCUGAGUUGGGAAAAAUCGCUCUAGACAAUGUAUUUAGGGAAAGAGAAGAUCUUAAUGUUAGUAUUGUCGAGAGUAUCAACAAAGCUAGCGAAGACUGGGGUAUUACCUGUUUACGUUAUGAAAUUCGUGAUAUCCGAUUGCCAUCCAGAGUCCAAGAGGCAAUGCAGAUGCAAGUAGAAGCCGAGCGUAAAAAACGUGCUGCAAUAUUAGAAUCCGAGGGAAUAAGAUCAGCGGACAUAAACGUCGCCGAAGGUAAACGUCAGGCGAGAAUAUUAGCGUCUGAAGCUGAAAAACAAGAGCAAAUAAACAAGGCCAGUGGAGAAGCAAAUGCCUUGCUGGCAGUUGCUGAAGCUCGUGCCCGAGCACUCCAGAUCGUCGCUAAAGCUUUAGGUCACGAGGAUGGAAAAAACGCCGCUGCCUUGAAUAUUGCUGAGCAGUACGUUCACGCUUUCAGUCGCUUAGCCAAAACAAAUAACACUUUGAUUUUGCCGAGCAAUGUCGGCAAUGUCUCGGGUUUAGUCGCUCAAGCAAUGUCUAUUUACAAACAACUUUUACCGCAAAAUGGAGAAAUUGGCUCCAAGAACAGCAUUAGCUCUCAUACCAAUGAUGAAGCCUUUGAAUAUUUCAGCGACCAGGACGAAGCUGUAAAAAAUAGUAAAAACACAACAAAUACUAAAUCGAUUGAGUAGAUGUAGUUGGUUUUAGAUAAUAUUAAUAAUAAGAAAUAGGUAAUAUCUGAGUUAAUGUAUGAAAAAAAUUUAUUUUUAAUUGAAAAGUAUUUUAAGAUAGGAUAAAAUUUUAUUUCAUUUGUAUUACUUAUACCGAUUACUUUUUCUUUUUUGUAUGCAACGUUGUUGUUGUCAUUGAAGCUGAAUAAUUUUCUUGAGAUAUCUUAUUAAUGUAAUAGAGUGCUACCAUGGAGAAGAGGAAACACGUGGUGGUAGACACUCGAUGAACUAAACCGGACGCAGUCAUUGAAAACAAUAAUGAUAUAAAUACUGUAACAAUUUUAAAAUUUGAUUAAUAAAAUUGAACGAAAUUUACAUAA